UGGGUGUCAUGGUGACUCCAGUCACUGUCCACUCUUCCUCCUGCCCUGGGACCAGGGCGUCAGAGCCCGUCUGUGCUGGGAAGGGCUGAGGGGCUGAGGCAGUCUGGCCCUUCUCUUACAGGUGAGGAAAUGCAAGUUCACGGACCAGGGCACUGGGGAAGUUGGGGCUAAUCGGGGUCCAGAACCAUCUCCUGAUGCAGCGCUCUGCUGAAAAUGGGGCUUUUCUCUACUGUUUCUUUGUCUGGGCACCCUUAAAACUACAGUGUGUCAGUAUUUUUCCCAACAAUUUGGCUUAUUUCUUAGAUGAGCAAUUCAGAUGUAUCCUGUCUGUCCAGCAAUGUUUGCAAAAUUAGAGAUGCUUGCACACUUUGGCCACAGCUGCACUUCCAGCAACUUGCCCCGCAGAUGCACUAGUGUGUACACGGAAGGAGGUAUCUGCAGGUUAGUCCCUGCUGCUUCAUUUGUAAUAGCAAAACAUUAGAAGCAGCCUGACUGUUCGUCAGUAGGGGGCCAGGGACAAAUUAUGGUCCCUCUGAGCUGUGGAAUACUGUGCAGCCAUAAAAAAUAUGAGGGAGACUCCACGCAUGGAUGUGGAGUGGUCACCCAGAUGGAUUGCUGUGAAAGAAGCGGGCGCAGGGCCGUGUGCCUGCUGUGCCCCACUCUGUGUAGAAGUACAGGAAAAUCACGUGAGCAUUUGCUCGUGUGUGUACACAGGGCCUCUGGGGAGUCACAAGAAGUUGGUGGUUGUGGGGCCUCUGGGACGGGCUGGUGCUGGGACAUUCACUGCAGACCCUUCAUUCCUUUGGAGUGCCGAAUCAUGUGGACAUAGGGCUGUUUUCAGAAAAAUUAAAUAAAGUGAAAUAAGAACCAGAAGAAGUGUAUCCCCACCUCUAGUCCAGCGCAGGAAGAUCAAGACUCUGGCCACCCGCUCAAGACCCUCCAGCUUCACUCAGGCCCCUGACCACUGUCCGAGCGGAAAUAUGUGCUUGGGUCUCUCAAAGGGGCUGGGUGUGAGGGUUGGGGUGUUUCUUGGUAAAUCCGACCCCCAGCCCCAGCCCUGGAGAGAUGUAGGCGCUCCCCCACGGCCCCUCCAAAACACUGCUCUUGGCGGACUUGUCAUCUUAAAUCCCUUCUCUGAUAUGCUCACUUUCUGACCUCUGAAACCUUCAGGGGCUUACCUCCUGACACAAAGAUAAAGUCCCUGUCCCAGGCCCUCUUUUUGAGGCCUCUUCUUGAGCCACUCUUGACUAGUCACUCUUGCCUCCAUGAUGUCCCACCUGCAGGCCUUUGCUCACGCCGUCCCCUCUGCCUGCCUGCCUGCCUUUCCCUCCCUGGUGGUCUCUGUAUGCCCAAGUCCUAUCUGCCUUUCAAGACCCAGCUCAGUUUCCGGCCCUGCCGGCCCUCUGACCUCCCCUACUUCUUUAUCUGUUCCUCUUGGCUGGCACUUAAGGCUUUUUACAUUGUGUCCUAGGUGUCUGAUCCCCCACCCGGGCUGCCGACUCCUUUAGGGCAAAAUCCGUGUCAUGCACACAGCCCCUGGAUUGUUAGCUGUUUGCUGAGUGGGUGAAUGGUGGGGCUGGAAGCUGGAGGGGGCAGGGCCUGUUUGACAUCUGUGAACCCCAGUGCCUGGCACAGGCAGGCCCCGCCUCGCAGCAGGACAACAGCAGCCUCGUGCCUGAGUGUCUGUGUGCAUUCUUUCCUUGCAUCCUCUCGAGGACCCCUGAGCUCAGCUGCUGUGAUGCCCCCUUACAGAUGAAGAGGCCAGGCAGACAUCGCGUCCAGGCCGCACAAAGAGAGGCCAACUCGUCACUUACUCCAAGGGUCUGCAGCCCCCUGCCGCUGGGCACGAUGACGGUGAGGGGGGCCGGACUGGCCCCAGAUCCAGCCUCGCCCACAACUGUGGCAGCCUCACCCAGCGUCUCUGCGAUUCCCGAGGGCAGCCCCACAGCCAUGGAGCAGCCUGUGUUCCUGAUGACAACUGCCGCUCAGGCCAUCUCUGGCUUCUUUGUUUGGACGGCCCUGCUCAUCACCUGCCACCAGAUCUACAUGCACCUGCGCUGCUACAGCUGUCCCAACGAGCAGCGCUACAUCGUGCGCAUCCUCUUCAUCGUGCCCAUCUACGCCUUCGACUCCUGGCUCAGCCUCCUCUUCUUCACCAACGACCAGUACUACGUGUACUUCGGCACCGUGCGCGACUGCUACGAGGCCUUGGUCAUCUAUAAUUUCCUGAGCCUGUGCUAUGAAUACCUCGGGGGAGAAAGUUCCAUCAUGUCAGAGAUCAGAGGGAAGCCCAUUGAGUCCAGCUGUGUAUAUGGCACGUGCUGCCUCUGGGGAAAGACUUACUCCAUCGGAUUCCUGCGGUUCUGCAAGCAGGCCACCCUGCAGUUCUGCGUGGUGAAGCCGCUCAUGGCUGUCAGCACCGUGGUCCUCCAGGCCUUCGGCAAGUACCGGGAUGGUGACUUUGAUGUCACCAGCGGCUACCUCUACGUGACCAUCAUCUACAACAUCUCCGUCAGCCUGGCGCUCUACGCCCUCUUCCUCUUCUACUUCGCCACGCGGGAGCUGCUCAGCGCCUACAGCCCCGUCCUCAAGUUCUUCAUGGUCAAGUCCGUCAUCUUCCUCUCCUUCUGGCAGGGCAUGCUCCUGGCCAUCCUGGAGAAGUGCGGGGCCAUCCCCAAGAUCCACUCGGCCCGCGUGUCCGUGGGCGAGGGCACCGUGGCUGCCGGCUACCAGGACUUCAUCAUCUGCGUGGAGAUGUUCUUCGCAGCUCUGGCCCUGCGGCACGCCUUCACUUACAAGGUCUAUGCUGACAAGAGGCUGGAUGCACAAGUGCCAACGUAUGGCCCUUACGGCCGCUGCGCCCCCAUGAAGAGCAUCUCCAGCAGCCUCAAGGAGACCAUGAACCCGCACGACAUCGUGCAGGAUGCCAUCCACAACUUCUCGCCCGCCUACCAGCAGUACACACAGCAGUCCACCCUAGAGCCCGGGCCCACCUGGCGCGGCGGCGCCCACGGCCUCUCGCGCUCCCACAGCCUCAGUGGCGCCCGUGACAAUGAGAAGACUCUCUUGCUCAGCUCUGAUGACGAGUUCUAGGCGCAGCUGCUGGUGGGGAAGGAUUGGCGCCUUGGCCCAGGGCAGGGUGUGCCCCCCUCCAGCCUCAGGUUCGGGCCAGGAGGCAGGCUGGCGCAGCUUUGGCAUUGCCCUUUAAUUUAUUGGACCAGAAACACUCACAUAUCGCUUCCAGAGGAACAGCCAGAUGCUGUCUGCCCAGGGGACAGCCCAGGUUCACCUACGAGCCUUCAGGAAUAUUUAUACACGGCCACGCCUGCACUGCCCGGGUGACAGACAGAGGACACUGGGAGCGACUCCCAUGCCCCUGCGGCUCAUCGUGUGGUGGCAGCAUGUCGGGACCAGCCAUGCCCAGGCCCAGAAGCUUGUGUUGUGGACCAGCGGCUGCAGCCUUCUCAGCCCCCUCCCCCAGGUCGCCUCCCCACCCCUCCCCAAUGAGACUUAUGGCUUCACCCCCAAACUCCGUGCAAUAUCGGACCUGGGCUCUUGCCUGCCUGCUCUCCCCCGUCCACCCUUGUCUGACGCUAGAUUAGCCUCACUGCAGGCAGGAGGAGGGCGGAGGGCGCGCGAAUGCUCUCUGUGGACUCCUCCUGACGCAGGCCUGCCUGGCAUGCUGCAAGGAUCAGAGCCAGACACCAGGAGCCACGGGUCCUACCUAGGAAGGGUGCUCGGGUGCUCUGGGCCCCACUUCUGUUGAUGCGGCCUCUCGAAGCAAGGGUCACUGGGCCCCUGGGUGUCCCCUGUGGCCACACCUUCUGCCGCCUCACGCCCCUUCCUCCUGCCUGCGAAGGACAGCCAGCAGCCCACACUGCCCUCUCACCUGGGGUCUUCCUUGAUAGCAUUUUGGGCAGAGGCCUUGCUUCCUGGCUGCUCAAAGGGUUGGGGGCUUUGAACCCUCGGUCCCAGGCUGAGUGAUCGGAACCCCGAUGGGUCCUGGUCUCUCCCUGGAGCGUCUCCCUCCCAUUUCAGGGUAAAGGUCUGAGUCUCCUCAUUUCAGACCAGCUUCCGGAGGAACACAGGCCUGCUGUAGGGGGUGGGGGAUGGAGGGAUGGGGCAUGCAGCGGGACACUGGGAGGUGGGAGGAGUGGUCCCAGACCCCUCUCGCUGGCCUCAUAUCCACACAGGGCCUGUGCCCUGCCUCAUCUGGCCCCCUGGCCCAUCUCUUCUGUGCCUUAGUCACAUAGGAAAGCUUCCCCUCCUUAGGCCCUCAGUCUGUCCCAGACACUCCUGGGGGCUCCCUGUUAAGCUGCUGGCACUCAGAGGAUCCUGCAGUGCUGGGCCAAGUGCCCUUGGAGAGGCCUCAGGGGUGGCCAGGACCGCCAGUCCCCUCCCCUCACCCCCCUCCACAGCCGUGUACCUGGAGCCUCCCAGGGCUGGAGCCCCCGCAGGCUGGGCUCACACCAGCCACUGUCCUAGGAAGAGCCUCCCACAGGACGUGGUGCGCGCUCCCGCAGGCAGAGCCUCCGCCGCUUGACACCCAGAUAGCACUUGGGUUUGGGCUGCUGCAGCCUAGGGGAGCAGGUGGGUGAGGGAGGAGGGCCCUGGCCUGUGGCAGCGGAACUUCACCGUGGAAUCUUUCCUUUUGGUCGCCCCGGGAAUGAGCAUCCCUCGGGACUGUGCCAUCAGGGUCGGGGGUUCCAUCCCAGUAGUCUUCCCGGGCCUUCCCUUGACAAAGCCAGCCCCCAGGGGACACAGAGGCCUGCAUGGGGGGUACUCAUGGACAGCGCUCGGGCCCCUGUCUGGUGGGCUUGGCCAGCUGGUACCAAGCUGCCCAGGAAGGCCGCAGGUUGGUGCAGGCUGUCUGAGGACCUCUGUCCCCAGGCCCACUGUUUGCUUUCAUGAAUCUGUUUCUCUGAUUCUCCUUCCAGGCCAAAGUGUGCUGCUGCCCCUUGGUCGUCACCCGCCCCGGCACCUGCCCACUAGUGUGGGGCUUGGGGGAGGAGGGGCCCAGUGGCAGGGAGCUAGCGACCCCUGGGGAGACGGGCUGGGGACGCGUGCUGACCAGUCCACCCCUCCUUCCUAGGAUGCGUAGCCUACUUUUUUUUUUUUAAUUUUUUCCCCUGAUAGAGUAGCUCUUUGUACAUAAAAAUACUUGAAAAAUUAAUUGUAUGAUGUACAAGAAGACAGAGUCCCCUAGUUUUGUAUCUCGUGUAUGACUGCCAUGAGUUCCACCAGAAAGCCGCUCUAUUUUGGUCUCUGUGACAUUUUAAAUGCGUGACAGAAGUGAGCAAAUAAAGUGAGAAAGAAAUAUAUAUAUGAGAUAAUAUAGAUUGUACUGAAAUCUG